AUGAAUCAAUUCCAACUAUUUCCCACACCCUCGCCGGAGGUUAAAGCGGCCAGGAAUCCGUUUCGCAAGGGCGUCAAGAAACCCGCUGCGAAGGUGGAGCCUGCAUCCCCGAUCUCUCUCAACGAGAUCAAAGACUCCGCUAAAGCUGAGUCUGUGCUGCUCCAGAUCAUCGAAGACACAUCGUCUUUUCCUCCUCCGCCCUCACAACCAAAAACCACACGGUCCAAGUCGCCGUCUGUGACGGAGCCAUCACCUAGUUCUAAAUCUCCUCAACCCCCUCGCAGCCGAAACCGUCAAGAGCACAAGCCCAUAGGCCGAGCCUUGACAUCACAAGACAGUUUGAGCAACAGCAGCAGUAGCAAUCACACUGCAAGCUCAAAUGCGUCACCCCAAUCAUCUCAGUCGUCUGUUUCACCCAUACCCAUGAGAUCGAUGUUCCCUCGUUUUGAUCCAAAGCUUCCUCUCGACAAGCAAAACAACCAACCUCAAUUGCCUAUAACUAGCCAACAAUCGAAAAGAUCUCGCAGGCCUCAUCUCACACUUACUACUUCAUCCGAGAUUGACCAUGUGUUGGGGCCCAAGACGGUCCCCGCGAGCGUGUUGAACUUCCCAAACGGUGUUUCGGAGUCUGAGGAGAUUCGAUACUCGUCUCCACAUGAAUUGGCGAUGCUAUGGGAGGCGGCCAAUGGCCAGCGACCUCAAAAUCUUGCCGCGACAUACAACCUACGCAUGACCAGGACGGGGCCCGCAAGCUUCACAUUUGGCAAUUCCCAACAGGCAUUCUACACACUACAGACAUAUGAAAAUGAUGAGAUCUCAAUCUCGCGUGGCGCCCCAUACAAGCCCAACGGUGACGUUCCCAUCAUGACUCUAAGUCUCGAAGAUCGCGGGCGCCGCGAACAUCCCUACGAUGGCCUUGUUGCACUUCUCUUUUCGAGACUCGCUGCCAUGCUGGCUAUCGAACAAGCAGACGAAAUCAGCAAGCUCCAUCAACUUGCUCCAUCUGAGGCUGCUGAAGUGGAGAACAACGCCCUCAGACGAGCUGCUGGACAAGAAUCUUGCCGUCUAUCCUGGAACCGUAACGCACGACUCUAUGAGCUUCGGCACCCCUUACUGUCCAAACGGCAGCCUCCAGCCCUAGUGGGAGCCGAGGGCAUUCCGCUCUCUCCUGUCCGGUCCCAAUCUUCGGGAAUCUUGCACAUUACUGUCUCUGCACCGUCCAGUGACACAAUGCCUCAUCAGGCUCCCACCAUCAUCGUCACCGGUCCACUGUCUUCGACUGCCGUGGCAGCAGCACAGCAAGCUGCCAACCCGCGCACGUCAACACUACCCGUCGCUGAUUCGGAUGAGCCGCUGGCAUCACUGGAUUUUGCUACCCGUACCCUAUCUAUCUCGCCCGCUGCUGUCAUUGCCACUAUUCCUUCGCUCUACGCGAUCGACUCCCUCAUCGCCGCAAUGCUCGCGGUCGCCGUCUCGGACGAAGCUACCAAUCCUAUUCUAGCCGACAUGGAGCUUGGAACACCCAGUUCUACUGAGUCAGGCGUUUUCAUGGGGCAGGGCAUUGAUAUUUCGUAUCGCGGCCCCCUGAUCACAACCCAAGCGGAGCGCGAAGACUACGCCGAGAGUCUCCAGCUAGCGUCUCAGAUCGAAGCAGCGAACGCCAGAGCCGAGGGCACAUCAAGAAGAAAAAGCUUCUUCAAGUUCUGGGAUAAACCUCCGUCGGCAACACUGGCCAGGUUGCAAACGUCGAAGCAGCAGGUUGUUGUUGAGGAAUUUGACCUCGAAAAAUACGGCUGCUACGGCAGCGGUUCUUCGCGCGAAGGCGAGAAAUUGCCUGGCAUUACGCGAACGUUGUUGAAGGUUUUGUUUUUCGGAUUAGAGUUGUUGGUCAAGGGGUUGACGCUAGCGGUCAGGAUACUUGCAUGGCUGUUAGUUCAUUCGACGCGCUGUGUUACAAGUGAGAAAUUCUGA